GGGGCCGAUGCAGGUGUGCGCCCGCAGCGCCGCGCGGGUUCCACGAGGCCGUGCUCGUGCCGCUGGCAGGUGAAGAGGCUUGCGGGCAGGCAUCGGCCGCGGCACGGCCCCUCGGUGCGGCAGACGGAAGGAAAUGCCGCUAUGAGGCUGCUUCUGCUGGCGUGCCUCCGAGCGCAGACCGGCAACGCCACCACCGCGGCCAGGAUACACAGAUGCGGUGUGCCAGUUCCCAUCAAAACAUGGAUUUACUCCUGUUUUUUGGCUGAUGGCAUUGGAAACUGAUAAGUGGAUCUGGUUUCUGUGGGAGGAAUUAUGAGGCGAGCGUAUAGAAGGAAAGUCUGAGACAAAGCUUGUGGAAAUGCUGAAAGCAGAGCUCCCUGCAAUCCAUCAGCAGUAUCUGAAUCAAUUUUUUAAUAGGAGGAACUGCUGUAAAUGAAGAUGAAUGGGAGUCAUCUGCAUGAUGCCGGUCACAUCUGUGUUCUCAAAGAUGCUUCCAGGUGUGAAAGUCUGACUGAAAUAGCAAAUCUAACUUCUGCAGAUCAAUUUGAUGCAGCUCUGGCCAUUCAUCUUUAUAAAGGAGGCAGGCAUCUGCAAGGUAGCAGAAUUCCUUUUGGAAUCAUCUUUGGAGGAACAGAUAUAAAUGAAGACAUCAGAAGUGAAGAGAAACGUCGGGUAAUGGGAGCAGUGCUAAGAGAAGCAAGGUUUGCGGUGGCUUUCACAACGGAAAUGAAGGAACUGGCAGCAGCGGAAUGGCCAGAUGCUAGGAAGAAAAUAUAUGUCCAAUAUCAAGGAAUCAGGACUACUCCCACUGAAACGUUUGACUGGUAUAGAUUUCUACAAAAUGCAGACAUUCCUGCUGAUACAGAUGAUUUACGUGUGUUCCUCUUGAUAUGUGGACUUAGAAGAGUCAAAGACCCUCUGUAUUUAGUAGACGUAUUUUCAGAUUGGCACAGAAAGGAGCCCAGUGUUCAUCUGGGCAUAAUUGGGCCUGCAGUUGAUCCACUUCUUACAACUGAGAUCAAGGAGAAAAUCAAAAGGGCACCUGGAGUACAUUUGUUACAGGAGAUGCCACAGGAUGAUCUUCAUGCUGCUAUGAGAAGGUGCUUUGCUGUGGUGAACAGCUCCAUUUCAGAGGGGAUGUCUGCUGCAAUUCUGGAGGCAAUGGACUUGAAUAUUCCAGUGCUUGCAAGGAACAUUCCUGGAAAUGCAGCAAUAAUAAAACAUAAAGAUACAGGACUGCUAUUUUCAGACCCCCAGGAGUUUGUUGCGCUGUCCAAGAGUUUGAUGAAUGACCCCAUUAUGGAAAGAGAAAUUGUAACAAGGGCCAAAGACUAUGUGAAGAAACAUCACUCAUGGGAAUGUGAAAGAAAAGCCUAUCAGAAUCUUGUCCUAAGACUCCGGUGAACUGCCAGAUGCAGCAGUCUAUGUAGAGCACUUUAAUGAUGGAAAUGUAAUUAGAUUUGGGUUUCUCUGGGUUUCUUUUUGGAAGAGAUAGUAAGACGUGUUAUUAUUCUAUUCAAAUGCACCAGCAUCACAGGAGUUGCCUGCUACUUCAAACUAUCAAAUUUAUCUAAUUCAGCACACUGUCUCUGGUGUACCAAUUCAUCACAGACCAGUAUCAUUUUGUAAGAUCACACAGGAGAAAUAUAUGCCUUGAACAGACACAUAUUUUUUGUAAAGUCCUCAGAAGGAGGACGGUUUCUUGUAUACAGCGCAGCACUUCACCACCAAUAGCUUAUGUCAAAUGUUGUGAUCAAGUUGCAUCCUAACAAAAUGCAGUAUAGAAUCACAGAAGCAUAGAAUGGCUUGGGUUAGAAGGGAACAUAAAGACCAUCCAGUUCCACCCCCCUGACCACUGACCCCCUGUUGCCACUGACCAGAUGAGGCUUCCAGGUCCCCAUCCAACCUGGUCUUGGACACUUCCAGGGAUGGGACAUCUCCAGCUUCUCUGGUCAGCCUGUACCAGUUCCUCAGCAGUCUGCUCAUAAAAAAAUUCCACCUAAUAUCUAACCCAAAUCUCCCCUCCUUUAGUUUAAAGCCAUUCCCCCAGUAACAGUUUUUCUUUCCAGUUAUACCAAUCUGAAUGUGUUUGGGUACGUAUGACAUGCACAUCUAAGUACAUAAAGCCACGAGUUAAAUAUACAGCAUACAAAAUUAUUAAGAUGAAAGCUUUCUUCAGACUAAAAGAUCUAUCUAUUGAUAUAGAUAUUGAUGUAUAUAUCGAUAAACAAAGUGUUGAUGCUUAGGGAAAGGAAAAAUAUAGGAAAUGUUUUUUACAGCCCUAAAGGUACCUGAAUUCCUUUCAGCUAAGCUGGUAUGGCUGAACAGUCACAUGUCUGCAUUUUCUCUUGAGUCCUGAUUGUAAUCAUGUAGGCUGGCACAGCACCCGACGGCCAUACAUGGUUUCUCAUUCCAGAAUUGCAUGGUACUGCCCUCAGCAGCAAGUUGUGCUUGCAGGCAGAAAUGCUUUGUUACAUAAACUACCUCUUAAUUUGCCAGUUACUUUGGUACCUUGGUUAUUUAUCUGUUUGCUAAAGGAUUUAUGAGAGCUAUAAAAAGGAAUGAAGGGGGGGGGGGGGAAAGUAUUUUGCAAUUUACUAUGUAUUUUUCUGUUCAUUCUCAUUUGUGGUUCUCAGGAUAUAUUUUAACGUACUGCAGUAGGCUAUUUUAAAGGGAGACUUAUCUAUACUUGAAGUCCAUGCUAAUCAUUUUCCUUAGCACAGUGAUUAUGGACAUAUCUUUGAUUCCAUAACUGGUCAUCAAAGAACUUGUAUUUAUAGAAGAAAGAGUGUCAUACUUUCAAUUCUUACUGGAAAACUGUAUGCUUUGUAUAGAUUUGAUCCUGUCCCCAUGACUGUGAGUUUUCUAUUGGUUUGUAUGGCUAUUGUGUCUGACUUUUCUUUGUAAUAAUGGAGUUCAGCCUGUCUUUUAAGCUUUCCUCUGUAUUUUGGAUGUUUUGCAGCCAUUGGGAGAGUAAAAAAGAAAGGAAUAUGAA